AAGGAAAUAAGUCCUACUUCAAGUAAAAUAUUCAAUGAACUCAGAUUGGAGGGUAAACUAUGCGAUGCAGUUAUCAAUGUCAAUGGAGUAGAAAUGAAAGUUCACAAGAAUAUCAUGUGUUGUUGCAGUGCAUACUUUAGAGCUUUGUUUGCUGGCAUCUGGAGCAACACAGAGAAGAGAGUGUACAACAUUCCUGGGGUUUCUCCUGACAUGAUGUCAUUGAUCAUAGAGUAUGCUUAUACCAGGACAAUCACCAUCACUGUCGACAACGUGGAGCAACUCCUGGUUGCAGCAGCUCAGUUCCAAGUAUCGGGCAUUUUGAAGGCUUGUUGUGAGUUUCUUGAGUCUCAGAUCUGCACAGAAAACUGCAUUGGGAUUUGGAGGUUUGCAGACUUCUACAACUGUCCUGAGCUGAAUAACAAGGCUGGCCUCUUCAUACUGCAUAACUUUGAAGAGAUUGUGAAUGUAUCAGAGGAGUUUCUGCAGCUUUCAGCUUUGGAACUGGGAGAAAUAAUUGAGAAAGAUGACCUAAAUGUGAAACAGGAGGAUGUGGUGUUUGAAGCCAUCCUGAAAUGGAUUUAUUAUGAUACACACAACAGAAAUGCAUUUCUUCCACUUUUACUUCAAAAGGUGAGACUGUCACGGAUGGACGAUGAAUAUUUUAGGAACAAGGUCCAAAAUAACUACUAUGUGAAAAGUAAUGCUGAAUGUAUACCUAUUAUCACAAGUGCACUCACAGAGAUGCAAGCCCUUGACAGGAGAAGAAGAAGGCUAAGAUAUCCACAUGAAGAAUUUAUGAAUCCACUAACAAGGCCUCGACUUCCAUAUGCAGUUCUGUUUGCAUUUGGUGGAUGGAGUGGGCCUAGCUCGACAAAUGUCAUUGAAACCUAUAACGCUCGUGCUGACAUGUGGGUGGAUGUGAAAAGCAUUGGAGAAAGCCCUCGCGCUUAUCAUGGUGCAGUGUACUUAAAAGGAUACAUGUACAUCAUUGGGGGAUUUGAUGGGGUAAAUUACUUUAACAGUGUUAGAUGUUAUGACCCUGUAGAAAACACAUGGCUGGAAGCUUCUGCCAUGCAUUCAAGUCGCUGCUAUGUUAGUGUGACUGUACUGAAUGACUUCAUUUAUGCCAUGGGUGGAUUUAAUGGCCAUAUACGCCUGAAUACUGCAGAGCGAUAUGCACCUGAGACCAAUCGGUGGACCUCGAUCUCUUCCAUGCAUGAAGUGAGAAGUGAUGCAGGUGCUACAUCUCUGAAGGGAAAGGUAUACAUAUGUGGAGGCUUCACUGGAAAUGAAUGUUUGUUUACAGCUGAAACAUAUGAUCCACAAAGUGACCAAUGGACCUUGAUCACUCCAAUGAGCAGCAGAAGAAGUGGUGUGGGAGUGAUUGGAUUUGGAGAACAUGUUUAUGCGGUGGGAGGGUUUGAUGAAAUAAUUCGACUUCGCAGUGCAGAGGUCUACGAUCCCCAUACCGACUCUUGGCAUAACAUCGCCAGCAUGUUAACCCCUCGUAGUAACUUUGGAAUUGAGGUGGUGGAUGAGAUGCUGUUUGUUGUUGGUGGCUAUAAUGGCAUUUCAACUACUUUUAAUGUUGAAUGUUAUGAUAAAAUAACCAAUGAAUGGCAUGCAGCCUGUAAUAUGAGAAUUUCACGCAGUGCUUUGAGCUGUUGUAUCAUUGCUGGCUUGCCAAAUAUUAGAGAAUAUGCAGUUCCAGAUGAUAGCACUACUAAGGGCUGUAGACCUUUCGCCUUCCACUAG